GAAAUAAAAUAAAAAUCAAUUAUAAAUGCUCUCACCCAUCUACAAUAAAUUAAUAAGACCAAGUUACAUCUAACUAUGACGACAUUUCUGACUCCUGAAGAGCUUGAGUCACCGAACCAUGGUCCGAAGGAAUCAGUCAAGUAUCGUACAUCUUGUGAUCGUUGUCAAAACAUCAAACUCCGAUGCAGCCAGGAGAAACCAGCGUGCAAGCGAUGUGCCAAAAAGGGUCUUCGGUGCAUCUAUAGCCCUCUGAGGCGUAUGGGUAGACCUAGAAAAGCAGGUCAGGCCGCUCCAAUAAUUGCCGGAUUGGAUGAGAAUUCUGUAACAUCUGAGACUUCCGCUUCUAUCACCCAAAGCAGUAAUCUCAGCGAUAGCCGCCAGGAACGUGCCCAUACCAACCUCUCGGAUACUUUAUCCCAGCCUACAGACUAUGUUUCACCGGCUGACGGCAGAAGCGGUCAGCAACGCCACGUUUUGGAGCCUUGGUCCUCGGAGACAAAUUUAAGGAAUACUCAUAAAUUUGUCAGCGAGUCUAUUACUGGGGGUGUCUCGAAUUCCACGGAUUGUUAUACGGCGAUCAUAACGCGAACAGCCAAAUUAGAACAGUCUUUAAUUGACGCGCCACGUCCACCACCCAUUGAUCUUGUACUAGAAGCAGAACGCGACCUCAGGACGCUAAUGCAAUGCGUUUCCACCUGUAACGGCCACGAAUAUAAUGGGCGGCAAUGUCUUGUCUCCGAUAGGCCAGUCCUCCUCAGCCUUUCCCUAUUAACUGAACGUAUCGUCACCAUGCUUGAAGAGACAUUCCGUUUUGCUGCCGCUACGGCCAAUACAGAAAACGGAUCAAUCCAAGAUCCAUGCCGGGAUUUGGUUUCAACCGUAGCUACUCGUCGCAUAGAACGUGCUUUUCGUGGCUUGCUUGAUCAACCGUGCGUAUUUCCUAUCCCGGCGGGAAAUUUAGACCUACGGGUUGGUAAUUAUGUAGUAGACAAGCCAGUCAAGGCACGGGCGAUAAAGGGCAUCUUGCAAGUACGAAUGCGAAAACUCCUAAGGACGCUGGAAGAUAUGAAAACUAUACCACGGGCUGAAGAUAGGAGAGAUUCUCUUAUCGGCCCGUUGAACUGGGGCAAUAGUGCUUCAGUGAUAGAAGACGCUGCCCAGCGCAUAGUACAGGACUUGAUCAGGCGGAUGGAGGCCUUGGAAGGCGGAAUGGCAUUAAUGAGAUAACUCAUGUUACCGUGCUGCACAGGGAUCGAGCGAUGGACCAAUAAUAUAAGAACGGCCCGUCACCGAUUCCUCGAUUUGCAGGUUUGAAGUAGUACAAUAUCUGCAGUAUCACACGAGAUGCCCCCAGCAAUUCAUGGUUCUUCCCGGAAGCUUCCCGGCUAACUAUGGCAACUUCUUCUUCAUCGUCAAGUUCAAGUUCGCCGAUGGAUAUCGAUGUCGCACUGUGACUCGGCGUUUCGUCAUGGUACGGUAUGUUCCGGGUCGCACCACCAUCAACGCCCUGCCGUGUGCCCAAUUCUGCAGUACCUCUAGUUUCCGAUGGUUUUCUUUUUAGUACAUC